UAUACUCGCAUAUUUUCUGGUUGCAAGAUUUGUGUCUCGAGCAAGCUGGAAUUGUUAUAAAAAUUUCUGCGAAAUCCAGCAACGAACGAGCCCGAUCGUUGAGUCCAAAUGCUUCAAUGACACCGAAGCAUUUUUGGGGCUCGUGCAAACUGAUAUUUGGAGUAGAUUUCUAGCUUCAUCGGUCUAAAAAUGAUGCUUUCAAGGCAGAAGCCGGCCACAGGGCCGGGCUCAAGCACUCCUGCUCAGGAGAGCAAGAAGAAGAAGCAGCUUCCUAAGUUAGAGGAGUAUCUAGAUGCAAGAGAUUACACUGGAGCUAUCACACUCUUAGAGUUUACAAGGAACAGUGGCAAGGGUAGUGAUGAGACUGACAUGUGGUUAGCCUACUGUACCUUCCAUCUUGGCGACUACAAGACGUCCAUGGAUGAAUAUGAGAAGAUGUCCAAGAGGGAUGUGGUUAAUCCAGAUGUCUGGGCCAACCUCGGCUGCUGUUACUUCUUCUUAGGGAUGUACCCUGAAGCUGAGGCUGCAGCACGGAAGGGCCUGGACAAAACUGGUCACCAGCCUGAUGCAGAUUCUCCAAAGAGUACACUUCAGAACAGGUUACUGUUUCAUCUUUCCCAAAAGUUCAAUGAUGAGAAGAAGCUGAUGUCACAUCAUCAGAACUUACAGGACAUUAUUCAAGAUCAGCUAAGCCUGGCCUCCAUACACUAUCUGCGCAGCCACUAUCAGGAAGCCAUAGACAUCUACAAGAGAAUCCUGCUUGAUAACAGGGAUUACCUGGCACUGAACGUCUAUGUUGCACUGUGUUACUACAAACUAGACUAUUACGACGUAUCACAGGAAGUCUUAGCUGUGUAUCUACAACAUUAUAGUGACAGCGCUAUCGCACUGAAUCUCAAGGCUUGUAACCACUUCAGAUUAUACAACGGCAAGGCAGCGGAGGCUGAACUGAAGAAUCUUCAAGACUUGGCCUCACCGUCCUUCACAUUUGCCCAAGAUCUGAUCAAACAUAACCUGGUUGUCUUCAGAGGUGGUGAGGGCGCCCUUCAGGUCUUAAACCCAUUAAUAGAUGUCAUCCCUGAGGCAAGGCUCAAUCUAGUCAUCUACUACCUCAAACAAGAUGAUGUGAAUGAGGCAUACAACUUGAUCAAAGAUCUUGAGCCAACCACACCACAGGAGUACAUACUGAAGGGUGUGGUCAACUCAGCGCUCGGGCAGGAGCAGGGCUCGAGAGAGCAUCUGAAAAUUGCUCAACAAUAUUUCCAGUUGGUUGGGGGCUCGGCAAGUGAAUGUGAUACCAUACCUGGUAGGCAGUGUAUGGCAGCGUGCUUCUUUCUACUGAAGCAGUUUGAAGAUGUGUUGAUUUAUCUCAACUCAGUCAAGAGUUAUUUCUACAAUGAUGACAGAUUCAACUAUAACUACGCUCAGGCCAAAGCAACUGCAGGAAACUUCAAAGAAGCUGAGGAGAUUUUCUUAUUAAUCCAGAGUGAGAAAAUUAAGAAUGAUUACACGUACCUCAGCUGGCUUGCAAGAUGCUAUAUCAUGAAUCGUAAGGCAAGACUUGCAUGGGAGCUGUACUUGAAGAUGGAAACAUCUGGUGAAUCAUUCAGUUUACUACAGCUCAUUGCUAACGACUGCUACAAGAUGGGUCAAUUCUACUAUGCUGCAAAGGCGUUUGACGUCUUAGAGAGGUUGGAUCCAAACCCUGAAUACUGGGAGGGAAAGAGAGGAGGAUGUGUUGGAGUCUUUCAACAGAUCAUUGCUGGACAUGAACCAAGGGAAACAUUGAGAGACAUUCUCCAGAUCCUUCGAAACACUGGUAACCCUCAGGUGGAGUACAUUAUUCGCAUCAUGAAGAAGUGGGCCAAGGACAACAGGGUACCAGUCUCAUGAGGUCAUCAGGAAUGACCCAAAACACAAUUCUGUCAUCACAAAACAUUCCACACCUAUGGUUGGGAGGGUCAUAUGCAAGUGAAUACAUUUUUGAGAAAGGGGUUGAUUAUGGCCUGCUUGAAAAAAAAGUUGUAUUUGUUUUGCUUGUGGGUACUUAUGCAACCAAUUUAUGCUUAGUAUUAACUGACUUGUGAAUGGUUUACUUCAACAAAAGGCAAUAUUGACUUAAUGCUGAUGGGUUUGCAUACCUUGAAAGGAUUAAAUUCAGACCUUGUAACUUUCCGAAAAGAGAAAAGUUGGAUCUUGGUAAUAGAUAAAUUUAUCAUUCUGACAACCUCUCUGAUACAAAACUUUAUGGUGCAAGGUAAAUAAAAACCAUCCUAAAAAUAUUCACACACAUAUCUGUGUAGGGAGUAUCCAUAAACAAAUUAAUUGUCAUAGGAGCAAAACAUUUGUUCUUUUUUUUUUAACUGAAGUGGGUAUUGUUGAUAAUUGGGAAAUAUCUUUGAAUACAAUCAGCAUUGUAAAUAUCAACUUGUGUAUUUUGUAAGGUGUACCUUUCAUUUUAUGGGAAACAAGUAUUGUCAACUUUGAGCCAUACUGUCUAUGAAAACAAAAUCUGAUUUUUAAUAUUUCAGAACUGAAAAACAAUAUUGAACAAAACUAUGUGUUCAUAAUUUGUUGUAUGUUUUUUUUAAUAUAAGUUAUGACAGGGCAACUUUCUAUGAAGUUCCUUAUUUUAUAAGAUUUGUACUGGAAAUAAUAUCAAUAGUCAAAAUAAGUGAAACCCCAAAUUUCAAGAUUGUGGUCUGUUUCAUGCAGGCUUUUUCUUGGCACAAAUUUGCUAUUUAGUGCGAAUUUAAAAGCAAAUGCAGCUCAAAAGCUAAAAUAAAUUUUUCUUUGGAUUUUCUUUGGAAGUUUGCGGUACUUAGAAAGAAUAUCUGUAUGAGUUGUGGUGGCUCCGACUUAUAAAAGAGUUUACUUGCAGGAGCUCAACACUUUUAAAAACAGAGAUUAUUUUAGUGGGGUUGAUGUAACUGUAUAUUGUUUGCUUGGCCGUCUAACCAUUCUAUAGCCCCAUCAUCCAAGACAGAUGUAAGCAACAUUUCGGUCACCAAUUAAUAAUUAUCUCAAAUUGAAUCAAGUUGUUAAACACAUUCUUAGCUAAGCACACUUCAUACUCUUGCUUAGCAAAAAAAAAAGAGUUGUCAGUCAACAUGUCUUGUGUCUUUAUGAGCAAUUAUUUAUGCUUCAACUUCUUUGCUGAUAAAAUGUACAUUAUGUGAAUUUGUUAUUAUGAAAAGUGUACUUAAAAUGUUUUCAUGUAAAAAGGGAAUGCUGUGUAUACAAAGUUCUUAAAAUAAAAGUAUUUAGUUGAUAUAAUAUA